AUGGCGACUCCCGCGAUAAGAUCAAGCUCUGGAUCGCGAACAAGUACGAGAGACGAGACUAUUGCGCCGGCGGCCUGCCCGCGCGGGAAGCCUUCCCCGAGCGAACUGCUGGCGCAGGGGAAGGAUCCCGGGGUGUACGGCGGAGCCGAGGCGGCACAAUUGCCGGGGCAGACCGCGUCCACCUCGAGGGCACAGCAGCCCGCUGCGGCCCGGGGCGCCCAGGAGGCCCGCCCGGCGGGCGGGAGCUGGCGGGAGGGCACUGGUUGA